CGUAGAGAGCUGAAGGCGUUGAAAGUGAACCAAGCGCUUGAAGAUCGAGAGGCCAAAACGCUGCGCUUCAGACUCACACUCUGCAAGAGGAACAUGCCAACAAAGAUUGAAGUGUGACUCAACUAUAGGGAAUGUAACAAAGAAACGGUCUACAGUAAAAGUAGAUGGUGUGUAGCCUAAAGAAGAGGAUUUUUUUUACUGUUUUCCUGACGUUUUCUUUCAUGGCAGUUGAUUUCACUGAAGAGAAGCGGCACUCGGACUGAAGAGAAGCGGCACUCGGACUUGCUGUUGAGUUUUGGGACAUUUUUUCUUCCGCCGUAUGUGUAGGAUACUUUGAUGCAGUUAAAAAAAAUGCUCUCAUUUGGUCGUGUUCUUGUUACUUUCAAAGUGGUUUCUUGACAGCUGUGAAGAGUUUUUAGGAACCUAGGUGCGCUUUUUUUGGCAUUUACCUGGGUUACGUCUCACGGAGUAGGCUAUUGAAGCCUUCUUUGGUCCCAAAGACUUUUGAAGGGGUAUAGCCAACUCAUUGUACGGGAUUUUCCAUCGGCGAAGAACUGUGACAUGGAUGCGCUUUGGGUCUGCACACUUUUUCUGUUCGUAAAUGUUGCCCUGGGAGAUGCCUGUGUCAGUGGGCAGUUCAGCCAGUCAGGGGAGUGCUGUAGCCUGUGUCCUCCAGGCCAUGGGGUGGAGGUAGAGUGUGGGAUGGAGGACACCAAGUGCCAGCCUUGCCCUGAGGGAAGGUUCUCCCCAUCAGACGGUCUCUCCCCGUGCCUCCCCUGUGCCCGCUGCCCAGCUGGCAUCCCAGAGCUGACCUCCUGCAGCGCCACCCAGGAUACCCACUGUGACUGUGACCAGCACUUCUACCUGUGGCGGGAUGGGAAGAGUGUGGCAGGGCUGUGUGCCGCCUGCACCAUGUGUGGACGGGGCGAGGGGGUGGUGAGGCUGUGUGGUGCCCAGGGGAACACCCAGUGCCAACCAUGUCGCCCAGGAACGUUCUCAGAGGAGAAGAGUGAUAUCAAGCCCUGCCAGGUCUGCUCUCAGUGCUCUGACACUGAGGUGGAGAUCAGAGCCUGCCAGCUCAACUCUGACACCCUCUGCAUGGAUAAGAAACUCCACAUCCUGUCUCGUCCCCCUGAGUCUGACGGCCCUCUGGCCGCUCCUCGCCUGCCUGGGUUAGGGUUGGUGAAUGAUGGAGAGGAGGCCAGCCCUGCCCCUGGAGGAGGAGCAGCCCCCAGGGCCCCCGGGUUCACCCCUCAGGAUGAUGGGAGCAGCAACCACAUCCUGGUCUACGUAUCUGUUCUGGCUGCUGUGGUGCUGGGCCUGCUGCUCUACGUCGCCUACAAGUGCUGGACGUCGUAUAAGCAGAAGCAGGCGUUGAGUAAAGCCCGCGCUGCAGAGCUGGGGACGUGUCCUGAAGGAGAAAAACUCCACAGUGACAGCGGUGUGUUCCUGGACUCACACAGCCUGCAGGAUGGCCAGCCAAGUAAAGGUAGUAAGAGGGACAGUAAGCAGGACGGCCGUCUGUACAUCAACCUGCCCCCCCACAGACAGGAGGAGGUGGAGCGUCUGCUCCAGGAGGGGAGCGGGGGCCGCAGAGGCUCCUGGAGGACCCUGGGGGCCGCGCUGGGCUACGAGGCCGAGCAGAUGGACCUGUUUGGGCACGGCGAGGCCCCUGUACACACCCUCCUUUCCAACUGGGCUCAGCAGGAGGGCUCCACUCUGGGACUUCUGUGCUCGGCGCUGGCCCGCAUCGAGAGGCCCGACGUAGCCGCCGCCCUCACCUGCCCUGCCCAGGGGGUGUCUGUGGUCUGAGGAAGGAGCCAUGGUUGGUCCCAAAUGGCACCCUAUUCCCUAUAUAGUGCACUACUGGUAAGCUAAAGGUCAAAAGUAGUGCACUAUGUAGGGUGCCACAGAGCCUUCCUCAUGAGCCUGAUAAGACUGGGUGGCAUUCAUUAGGAACCAAACGGACUGAAUCAGGGAGUGACGACCUGAACUUGAACCAAUAAGAAAUGUUUGUUUUCCGUUGCGAAACAUACUGUGUGUCCUAAUGAAUACGACCCUUGUGGACAUAGGAGAGGAUGGAUGGGGCAAACAGCCCUCCUUCUCACCCAGUGGGAUGGCAUAGCAUGCCAGGGGAGGUACUCUUGACUGCCCCAUAAUGCCUCAGACAUUUGAACUGAAGAGGACAGUGGAAGUGUUGUUGCUGGCUCGUUGAGCUGGUUCAUCCUCUAUUGGAAAUGUACAGUAUAUCCACCAUUCUUCCAGUAUAUAUAUAUAUAUAUAUAUAUAUAUAUAUAUAUUACCAUACUUGUGUAUAAUCUGCCCAAGCGUUCUAGGAAUGGGUAUUUAUUUGCAGCAAUGUCAGAAGGAUCCACUCUCUUUCCUGAUUUGUUUUGCAGCAAUGUGAGGAAGAUGCACAAUAGCUGACUGUAACUAACUGAACAGGCAUGGGAAUGAAAUAUUCUGUAGAAUAUUCUUUACAACUAUGAAAUAAAUGCAUUCUGUUCAUAUUGACAAUCAGUAGUGAAUUUUAAGACCUUUGUAAAUAUUUGAUCAUACAUUCAUUGUAAUAUAGUGUUAGAAAGGUUUUCAAGCAUGAAGGGGCAAUCGCAAACCUCUUUGACUGAGGAUGCAUGAUGACUCUCUCUCUCUCUCUCUCUCUCAGCUUCUCCAUCUUAAAGACAUUGGGAGGCCUCAAAUCAGUGAUGUACUAUCAGCGUUGCUAGUCACUGCCUCUCUCCUAUCAUGGUUUCUGGUGUGGCUGGCUAUCCAGAACAUUAUCGUUAUGUAACAAUCACUUAUUCUGGUCUAUAUUCUAAUGUCAUGGUGUGUGUUUUUCUAAGACGUUGUCUCAUAUAAUAAAUGCUUUUGAAGGUG